UAUAGCCAAAGAGUCUAUUGCCGUAUAGUACACUGUAUGGGUUCAAUCGUCUCCUGAUCCUUCAAUCACAAUGGACUUUGAAACCAGGGAAGAAAUAGACGGAGUUCGUCUCUCAUUCAGCUGUAUUCCCAAGCUGAGACUCCAGCACCAGCGCAAUGUCGUGCCCUUGGGAGCCAUGUAUACUCCGCUCAACAACAAGUCCAACAUCCAGGUGUUACCCAAAGAGGAAAUGCUAGCCUGUCGCCAAUGUCGGGCUAUAGCCAACCCGUUUGUCACAGUCAACAAUGAAAUAUGGACUUGUCCUUUCUGUGGCUUCACCAAUAGACUAGUCUUGAACCAGAUCGAUCCGGACACCAACAACUACGUCCUUCCUCCGGCCUUACACGAGACAAGCUCCACUGUGGAAUACCAGACAGGAAGGCUUAGUUCUUUGCCACCAAUCUUCUUCUAUGUCGUAGAUACAUGUUUUGUUGCGGAUGAUGUUGAGGAGUUCCAGUCACUCAAGGAGUCGUUGAUCAUUUCGCUCAGUCUUCUCCCCGAAAAUGCAUUGGUGGGUUUGAUCACUUUCGGCAAACAUGUACAGAUCCACGACUUGCUUUCCAACGAUAACCGAGCCUAUACAUUCAACGGCUCGAAGGAGUACACCUUGGACCAGCUUCUGAAGAGUCUAGGCUUGCUCGCGCCUGGACUUAAUAUCCAUCACAGCAGACAGGCCCACGGCUCGGGCGUAGACGACAUCCUUGGUACUAUUGGCCGAAAGUUCUUACAACCAGUCAACAUUGUAGAGUACCAGUUGACGAACAUAAUCGAGAACUUGGCUACUAAUACAUUCCCCCAUUCCAAGUUCAAAGAAAGACCAGAGAGAGCUACCGGCGCUGCAUUGAAUACAGCUUCUCUUUUGCUCAAUGCCUUGCUAGGAGAUCAUAUCAAAACUACUGGGGGGCAUCUUCUCUGUUUUAUUGGCGGUGCCUGUACUUCUGGAUAUGGAAAGAUUGUAGAUAAUCUCUUGAAAGAGCCAAUGAGAUCACACCAUGAUAUCGAGAAGGCCCAGCAGUCAACUUUGCCCUCUGCACCUACCACAUCGACCAAAACCAAGGUGGACACGUCUUUAUUCAAGUCGGCUAGAACUUUCUACAAGAAAAUCACCCUGAACUUGGUGUCCAUGGGUUUGAGCUGUAACUUCUUUAUUGGAAGUUAUGACCAAGUUGGUCUCUACGAAAUGGACGAGAUCUGCUACAAGACUGGAGGUGUAGUAGUCAUGAGUGACUCCUUCAGUACAGCUAUAUUCAAGCAGAGUUUUAUUAAGUUCUUCAAGAAACAGGAUGAAGACAACUCAGAGUAUUUGGAUAUGGGUUUCAAUGCCACCUUGGAAGUGAGAGCUACCUCCGACCUCAAGGUUGAAGGUCUCAUUGGUAAUGCCACAGCUUUACCAGUUAGAAAGGAUAAUCCUUUUGCAGAGAAAACUGUGUCCCAAACUGUCCUUGGGGAAGGGUCUACCAACUCCUGGAAGCUCUGUAAUGUGAACCCUCAAUCUACUUAUGCAUUGUACUUUGAGAAAUUGGACUCAGGUUUCACCAGUUUUGCAUUUGUCCAAUUUCUCUUUCACUAUCAACAUGCAUCGGGUGAAAUGAGAUUGAGAGUAACCACAGUUCCGCUUUCAAUUAUCCCGGAUUCUGAUAUUGUGAAUUUGGAACGUGGUUUUGAUCAGGAAGCAGCCCUUGUCUUGCUCGCAAGAGAUGCCAUUAAUAAGAUGCAGCCAGACAAUACCAAUGCAAAGAAUAAACCAAUCAUCACUCAGUUAGCUGUGGUCAAGAACUUGGACAAGAACUUGGUGGAUUUCUGUACUAGGUUCUCUGUUUUUACACCGGGAAUCUUGGAGUCGUUCAGACUUUCGUCCUCAUACGCUUUGUUACCUCAGUUCUUGUAUCAUUUGAGGAGAUCUCCAUUCAUAAAUGUGUUCAACAACUCUCCGGAUGAAACAAGUUUUGUCAGACAUGUGUUUAUGCAUGAAGAUGUCAAUAACUCGUUGAUCAUGAUCCAACCGACUCUUUUGUCAUAUGAUAUAGAUACUUUUGGAGCUGUUGAUGAAACUACGGGUUUAGUCAUUACGGAGCCAGAGCCCGUAUUGUUGGAUUCGUUGUCGUUGGGGCAUUCCAAGAUCCUAUUGUUGGAUACCUUCUUCCAUAUCCUUAUUCACCACGGUAAAAAGGUUGCUGAAUGGAGAAAGGCUGGAUAUCAUGAACAGCCGGAGUACGUUCAUUUCAAGGAGUUCUUGGAGGCUCCAAAGAAGGAGGCUAUGGAAAUCUUGAUGGAUAGAUUCCCGCUUCCACGUUUUAUUGAUUGCGACGAAGGUGGAUCUCAAGCCAGAUUCCUUAUGGCCAAGUUAAAUCCAUCUACUAGUUAUGCCACUAAUCCUAACCAUCUCUUUGGGUUUGGAGACAGAUUUGAUGUUUUCACAGACGAUACCAGUUUGCAGCUGUUUAUGGAACAUAUACAACGAAUAGUUACAGCUCAGAAAUAAUCUUUUCGCUUAUUGCAUGUCAUUAUAUUGUAC